AUUAAUCAAAUAAUUUAAUUAACCGCGCAAAUGGAACGUGGAUGAUAAUAAUUAUUAAUUUAAUUAGCAGUGAGUUUUUAGAAUUAACGUGUGCAAACUACAUAAAAACAGAACCCUGCAGUGCCUUUAUUUCAGUAAGUUGUUAGAUAUAACAUGUUUAACACUAUGAUUGUCUCGCAGAUUAUUAUACUGAACGUGUUGAAUUUGUAUGCGAUUGUUCCAGUCAUCGCAGAAACUAUCAAGUACUUUAAAAUAGACCGUAUAACUAACUGUGAACCCGCCGAUCAGUUUCCCGUUACAUUGUUACCAGAUUACAACAUAAACAACAAACCCAAUGAGAAUUCGUUCAACUGCACACUUCGCAUAAAGGAAGAAAUUGAAGGUCCUCUGAAGGUAAGGAAUCAUUUCUUGUCUGGAAGUAACUGGAUUUUCAAGAGCAUUUUCUACCCUCUCCAGUACCAAGCAAACAUCAAACGCUGUGAGAUGGACCUAUCAAAGUGUGAAUUUUUUAACACGAUCGAAACGGAUGAACUUUGCGAUUACUUUAAGGAUGCUGGAUUUAAAGAACGUUUUCUAAACAGCGUGUCGCAGUCAAUUAUGUGUCCGAUAAAAGCAGGAGAUUACCAGUUUACCAACACCAAGUGGGAUAUGUCGGCGAUCGUCAACCUGCCGGGUAGUGCAUACCGAUGGAAUAUUGUUACCAAACUGACUCAAAUGGCGACUGGACGAACAGUUUACUGUAUCGAAAUGAUGGCAAGAAUUGUGGUGAUCAGAAAGAAAGCUAAUCGAAUCUAGCAAU